UCGACCAUAUGUUGUGUACGAUUAUACUGCACAAAUAAAUACGUCUAUAGAUGUACCUGUCAACUUUUAUGUUAAUUUUAAGUUUACAUGAAUUUGUCUCUAUUUGUUACCCCCUCUUUGCAUUCCUAUAACGUAAAAUUCAAAAAGAUUGUGAUUAAAAAUGGACGAAAAAGAGACAAGUCAGAACCUUUCUAUGCAAAAAGUUUUAUCAUCUGAUCAUGAGCCUGGAUGGAAUGAUCCUCCAAAAUGGGCAUAUUGUGCAACACAAAGUUCUGCAGCCCCUAUUAAACGAGUAUUAAACAAAAGAGUAGCAUUUCCUCUGGCAUCUUCACAAGCUGUAAACAAAGAAUCAUUCCCAAACACAUUGACAAAUAUGCCACCACCAUUACAAUCUGCAAUUAAUUUGACAACAGCAUCACAUCCUCCAUUAUUACAUCCACUGAACAAAAAUGUAGAAGAAAGAAUGAACGAGAUGGAAAUUGAUAAAGAACAGACAUUAAAUGAUGUCUUUACAAAUUUUGAAGCUGUGAUCAGUGAACAUGUAUUGGAAAAAAGUAAAGCAGAAGAGGUGAAGAAAAGAUUAGAUGUAUUAAAGACUGCAUGGCUUGAAGAUAAACUAAAUAAUGUGAUAUACAAGAAUAUUUUAGAUUUGUCUACAGCUUUACGGGAGGGGAAUGUUGAAAAAGCAGAUCAAAUACAUGUUGCAUUAAUGAUGCAACAUGCUAGUCUGUGUAGUGCAUGGAUACCUGGCAUUAGGCACAUUAUCUUAGGAUUAAAGACCAAGAUGCAAAGCUUAAGUGUAAUACAGUGCAAUCAAAGUUCAGAAUCACAUUUACUACCUGCUGAAGAAAAUAAAUAAA